AUGAAAACGCUCCUACUGCUGUUAACUAUCGGAGGCACACUCUGCCUCUCCAUACACAAUUCUUACUACCCGUACGACUACAACAAUUAUCAGAACGCAAACAGUCGCAACAGUGCACUGGACCAGCUUCUAGCCAGAGCUCCUCCUCAAGCUAUCAACGGCUAUUUUCAAAUCGUACAGAACUUUUCCCAGUCACUCGCUUUUUUGAGGACAAACUUUGAAAAUUGGGCCAAAACGUACGGACUUGAGCAAGAAUACAGGAGGUUCCUCACGGAAUCGCAAAGGGAAAAUGCGGACCUGAAAAAAGCCAUUAGUGAAUUAUAUCCCAUGCUUACAAAGUUUCUCACUGACUACAUGAAUUAUGGGAAUGACAAGCGGCGAUCAGUCAUGCUAGCCUUCAACAGAACUGCAUCACUGACGAAUAGACCUGACAGCAGGCAAAAUGAGAUUGUUCAAUCCAUAAUAGAGUUGUAUCUCUCAUCAUUGGCUGGUGCUGGGACCAAUAGCAGAGCUAAUGGGCAGGCAGGAAACUCUGGAAGUUACUGGGGAAGCAACGGUGUGUUCAAUGGAAACAACGCGAUUUACAAUGGACCCAAUGGCGGCGGACUAUUGAAUGGCUGGGGCCCGGGAGUCAAUGGGAUGGGAUACGUUAAUGGAAGAAUGCCUUCUGGAACCUUUGGUUACAACUACGGUAACAGUUACUCCACAAAUCAAAGGAGAAGUGGAUGGAUUCCAAGUACUCUAUAA